AUGUGCAGUCAUCUGCCGCCGCCGCCGCAGGCGCAAGAGGCGAACAACGGAAGCCUCAGCAAUGACACGCACGCCGGCCAGAUGGCGCGGGAGCAGCAGCAGAUGAUUGAGCAGCUCAUGAGCACCGGGCUCGUGCAGGCGGCGGACCUCCUCGAGUUCGGCUUCAGCGCCGCGGAGCUCCGCGCCGCCGGGCUGCACCUUCCAUCGCCACACCACCGCGCUGGCGAGCAGACCAAGGGUGGCGGGGAAGCCGCACAAGCCGAGUGGAUGACAGAUGCCCACAGUGAGGAUCGUCGCCGUUGCGGGGUGCCUCGGAAGCGCGCCUGGCGCGACGAUGCAGCACAGGCGCGGCUGCAGAAGAAUGAACGCGCGGCACAAUCGCCUGCUGUAAGUAGCGCCGCCGCAACCGCGCUGCUCGCUGCGGCAACGACCAGAGAGCCGCAGACGGUCGCCAAGUCUGUUGUGACGCCUGCCUUACUGUCGGAGGAGACGCGUGCACGGAGCCUUCAGGCCGCGAGGCUCGUAGAGCAGACUCAGAGCCUGCGGCGGCACCGGGGUGCUCAGGACUGUGCUCGGUGGCUGUGCUACGACGAUACAGAAGACGAGGAGGUGUCUAGCACCGCAUCAACGGGGACCUCCGCGGGGGAGGCAACUUCAGCGCUCGCCUCGAUGGCGCGGGCGGCGGAAACGAUGCCGAAGGCGCGCUGCAACACGGCUCUCGCCUUUAGCGGACUGGACGUUGCGGUUGUGAAGGAGAUCGCGCAGCUGCUGCAGGAAGAGAGCGACCACGACGCCUCCGUUGAGAGCCGCCGCACACGCGAGUACCUCGAGUCCCGCGAGAAUGGCCAUACCCCCUACAUGUAA